AUGGAUGCAGCGGAACAUGGGAGUAAGAAGAAGUUCCCUGAAUAUAAUUGGACUCCUCUCAACAGGCCUAUUGAGGAAGUCCUGACGGCAAUUAAAAUGGAUCCCAUGUAUGAGAAGCCGACAGAGAUAGUUGGGACUCCUAACCCAAGGACAGCCCAUCGUUAUUGUGCUUUCCAUGAAUCAAAGGGGCACAGUACAGAGACUUGCAUAUCCUUACGAGCUUUAAUUGAGAAUUUCAUUGAAAAUGGAAAACUAGUUCGCUUCCUGGUGACCCAGCGAGGCCAACAAGGAUUCGGCAGGAACCCUCAAACCGAAGAACAGAGGAGUCAGCCUCAAAGAUAUCGGGAAAAGCGUGGGGAAAGGUUGGAGCGUCCCCGAGAUUGUGAUAGGGAGCCUAAAGACAGACCUUCUGAUCGGGAUAGGAGGGGGAGGAGUAGGAGUCAAGCGCGACAGCCCGCUCGGGAAAACCUCCUUGAAAUACACAUGAUAUCUUGUGGGUUUGGCGGAGGAGGCGAGUCCAGUGCAGCACGUAAAGCCUACGCAAGGUACCUGAAAGAUUUCAAGGUUUAUUCAGUUCAAAGGCCACCGAAGAUGAGGAAGUACGAGAACCAAGUUAUUAGCUUUUCAAAUGAAGAUCUUGCUAGAGUAUCAUUCCCGCACUCCGAUGCUUUGGUGGUAACCCUGGCUAUUGCAAACCAUAGCAUACACAGAGUUCUGGUCGACAUCGGGAGUUCGGCCGACAUAAUAUACAAGUCGGCCUUCAAGCUAAUGAGCAUAGAACAAAAGGAGCUAGCCCCUAUAAGGGGUCCUCUAAUUGGUUUUACUGGCAAGCAAGUCCUCCCGAUUGGGGCCAUUGAGCUCCCGGUCAUGGCAGGAACUAGCCCUCGACAGAAGACAAUCAUGGUGAAGUUCGGUAGUGGAUGGAUGUUCAGCCUACAACGUCAUAUUAGGAAGACCGGCCUUGAAUGA